GAGCGAAAACAGCAGCUCCUGUGACCUGCGAAUGCCCCAGGGCUGGGUCGUGUCCCUGGCGGGUCGAGAGCUGGGUGGCAAGCCCAGAGCAGGGGACCAGUCCCUGGGAUGGAGAGGCAGAGCCAGGGGGUCCCUGUGGCUAGGGACAGCCGGCCAGCGGCUCUCACCGGCCACUGCAGGGCUCCUCUCGGCUCUCGCAGGCUGUGACUCGGGCUUUGGGCAGGCGACGGCGCAGCACUUGGACGCCAUGGGCUUUCGGGUGUUCGCCAGCGUGCUGGACCUGCAGAGCGCCGGCGCCCAGGAGCUGCACAGGAGCUGCUCGCCGAGGCUGACGCUGCUGCAGAUGGACCUGACCAAGCCAGAGGACAUCCAGCGUGUCCUGCAGCACAUCCAGGCCCACACCAACAGCGCAGGACUCUGGGGCCUGGUGAACAACGCCGGCUUCAACGACACCAUCGCCGACGCCGAGCUCUCGCCGACGGGCAAGUUUCGCGCCUGCAUGGAGGUGAACUUCUUCGGUUCGCUGGAGCUCACCAAGGGGCUGCUGCCCCUGCUCCGUGCUGCCAGCGGCCGCAUUGUCACCGUCAGCAGCCCCGCAGGUGACCUGCCCUUCCCCUGCCUGGCAGCCUACGGCGCCUCAAAGGCAGCGCUCAGCCUGCUCAUGGACACCUUCCGCAGCGAGCUCCAGCCCUGGGGCAUCAAAGUCAGCCUGAUCCUGCCCGGCUACUACAAAACGG